UUGGGAGUUCUCUAGGGGCAGACUGGAAGGGCAGCAUCCGAACUGAGGGUGCCCCUGCUCCCAAUGCCUUCUCCCCCAGGCUCACUCACCAUGACCAAGUUGAGCGCCCAAGUCAAAGGCUCUCUCAACAUCACCACCCCGGGGCUGCAGAUAUGGAGGAUCGAGGCCAUGCAGAUGGUGCCUGUUCCUUCCAGCACCUUUGGGAGCUUCUUCGAUGGUGACUGCUACAUCAUCCUGGCUAUCCACAAGACAGCCAGCAACCUGUCCUAUGACAUCCACUACUGGAUUGGCCAGGACUCAUCCCUGGAUGAGCAGGGGGCAGCUGCCAUCUACACCACACAAAUGGAUGACUUCCUGAAGGGCCGGGCUGUGCAGCACCGCGAGGUCCAGGGCAACGAGAGCGAGGCCUUCCGAGGCUACUUCAAGCAAGGCCUUGUGAUCCGGAAAGGAGGCGUGGCUUCUGGCAUGAAACAUGUGGAGACCAACUCCUAUGAUGUCCAGAGACUGCUGCAUGUCAAGGGCAAGAGGAACGUGGUAGCUGGAGAGGUAGAGAUGUCCUGGAAGAGUUUCAACCGAGGGGAUGUUUUCCUCCUGGACCUCGGGAAGCUUAUCAUCCAGUGGAAUGGACCUGAAAGUAACCGCAUGGAGAGACUCAGGGGCAUGACUCUGGCCAAGGAGAUCCGAGACCAGGAGCGGGGAGGGCGCACCUAUGUAGGCGUGGUGGACGGAGAGAAUGAAUCGGCAUCCCCGAAGCUGAUGGAGGUGAUGAACCAUGUGCUAGGCAAGCGCGGGGAGCUGAAGGCAGCUGUGCCCGACACAGUGGUGGAGCCGGCACUCAAGGCUGCACUCAAACUGUACCAUGUGUCUGACGCUGAGGGGAAUCUGGUGGUGAGGGAAGUCGCCACGCGGCCGCUGACGCAGGACCUGCUCAGUCACGAGGACUGUUACAUCCUGGACCAGGGGGGCCUGAAGAUCUAUGUAUGGAAGGGGAAGAAAGCCAAUGAGCAGGAGAAGAAGGGAGCCAUGAGCCAUGCCCUGAACUUCAUCAAAGCCAAGCAGUACCCACCAAGCACACAGGUGGAGGUGCAGAAUGAUGGGGCUGAGUCGGCCGUCUUUCAGCAGCUAUUCCAGAAGUGGACAGCAUCCAACCGGACUUCAGGCCUGAGCAAAACCCACACUGUGGGCUCCGUGGCCAAAGUGGAACAGGUGAAGUUUGAUGCCACAUCCAUGCAUGUCAAGCCUCAGGUGGCUGCCCAGCAGAAGAUGGUAGAUGAUGGGAGUGGGGAAGUGCAGGUGUGGCGCAUUGAGAACCUAGAGCUGGUACCUGUGGAUUCCAAGUGGCUAGGCCACUUCUAUGGGGGUGACUGCUACCUGCUGCUCUACACCUACCUCAUCGGAAACAAGCAGCACUACCUGCUCUACAUCUGGCAGGGCAGCCAGGCCAGCCAAGAUGAAAUUACAGCAUCAGCUUAUCAAGCCGUCAUCCUGGACCAGAAGUACAAUGGUGAACCAGUCCAGAUCCGGGUCCCAAUGGGCAAGGAGCCGCCUCAUCUUAUGUCCAUCUUCAAGGGACGCAUGGUGGUAUACCAGGGAGGCACCUCCCGAGCUAACAACUUGGAGCCUGGGCCCUCCACACGACUGUUCCAGGUCCAGGGAACGGGCGCCAACAACACAAAGGCCUUUGAGGUCCCAGCGCGGGCCAAUUUCCUCAAUUCCAAUGAUGUCUUUGUCCUCAAGACCCAGUCCUGCUGCUACCUAUGGUGUGGGAAGGGCUGUAGCGGAGACGAGCGGGAGAUGGCCAAGAUGGUUGCUGACACCAUCUCCCGGACGGAGAAGCAAGUGGUGGUGGAAGGACAGGAGCCAGCCAACUUCUGGAUGGCCCUAGGCGGGAAGGCCCCCUACGCCAACACCAAGAGACUACAGGAAGAAAACCUGGUCAUCACCCCCCGGCUCUUUGAAUGUUCCAACCAGACUGGGCGCUUCCUGGCCACAGAGAUCCCUGACUUCAAUCAGGAUGACUUGGAAGAGGAUGACGUGUUCCUACUAGAUGUCUGGGACCAGGUCUUCUUCUGGAUUGGGAAACAUGCCAAUGAGGAGGAGAAGAAGGCUGCAGCCAUCACCGCACAGGAAUACCUCAAGACCCAUCCCAGCGGGCGUGACCCCGAGACCCCCAUCAUUGUGGUGAAGCAGGGAUACGAGCCCCCCACCUUCACAGGCUGGUUCCUGGCUUGGGAUCCCUUUAAGUGGAGUAACGCCAAAUCCUAUGAGGACCUGAAGGUGGAGCUUGGCAACUCUAGGGACUGGAGCCAGAUCACUGCUGAGGUCACAAGCUCGAAAGUGGACGUGUUCAAUGCUAACAGCAACCUCAGUUCUGGGCCUCGGCCCAUCUUCCCCCUGGAGCAGCUAGUGAACAAGCCUGUAGAGGAGCUCCCCGAGGGUGUGGAUCCCAGCAGGAAGGAGGAGCACCUGUCCAUUGAAGAUUUCACUCAGGCCUUUGGGAUGACUCCAGCUGCCUUCUCCGCUCUGCCUCGAUGGAAGCAACAAAACCUGAAGAAAGAAAAAGGACUAUUUUGAGAAGAGGAGCUGUGGUUGUAAAGCAGUACCCUACCCUGAUUGUGGGGUCUCAUUUUCUCACCGAUAUCAGUCCUACACCAAUUGAAGUGAAAAUUUGCAGUUAAAGUUUGUGCCUGAGCACAAACUUCUGUGGCAAAUGCCACUUUUGUUUAAUAAUGUACUUAUUCCUUCAGAAAGAUGAUUCCCCAAAAGGAGCCUAUGGUCCUCAUUUCAACUUCUAAGAAGGCCGCUAGAUUGUUUCUAUCCUGAGGUACUGCAUCAUUUUUAAUACUCCUGUUCUAGAGUCUUCUCUUCUUAGAAGAGCACAAACACUCCAUGGAACAUUAGAGUUCUGAGGCACUACCCUACCUAGCUUGUCCUCUAUCAUGACUCAUUUUUAUCUAUGGCAGGUAGGCUGAAGCAUUUUGCAGGUUUACAUCUUCCCCAGAGUAACAGCUUUUCCUUUUCACAUUUACUUUCCUUACUGCCUUACUCAGUGGGUAAGUUAAAGGGUUGAAAGAGAGUUGAAUGGUCCACAAGACUACCCUCUAGGAGGUUUCACAAAUACCAAACAGUACUGUGAGAGCAGUACAUCCACUGGGGCUAGGCUUGAGACCUAAAGGCAAGUAAGAAAUGCAUAUGCUAUUUCACUUCUUCUCCCAACCCUUAAUAAUAAGGCAAAGGAAGAGCCUAGUGAAGGCCAAUGCUAGGUUUACAAACUUACCCAGAAGCCUCCACAAAGCUUCACAGGCUCCUCAGAUGAAAAUAACAAUAAUCAAUGGGGACUACAGCCAAACACUGGUUUGCCAUUCUGUUCCUUUUAAGAAGUAACAACGCUGCAAGGAAGUCCAUGUCAGAAAGCCAACAGAAGGUGAUUUCCACAACUUUGAAUAGGUUGUUAUAAGUAUCAGCAAGAAUGUGUCCUUUUCAGAAAUAACAGUCAAAUCAACAGAAGGUUAAUAAAGGCUUUAAUUUUAUACACACAAAAAAACUCUAUGCAUAAUUUAAAAAGGAAACAAAAACAAACAAAAACCGUAAAGGAUACAGAGGAACAGUUCUGCUAAAACACAGAUAAAAGUGCCGCUCCAUACAAAACAUAAAGAAUCAGAAUCAGAAGUCACUCUGAACAUAAAGAAAAAAAAACAUCUCACAAAUAAUGUGGCCACAGCUGCCAGAAAACCUGGUAGUGGCUCAAUUAGGCAAAGUGUAUGAAUCUCAUUAUUGUUUUUCUCUCCUUAAAUGUAAAGAAACAACGAUGACAAUAGGCCAGAGAAAUUAGGGAGGGAAGGAUAAGCUCAAAGGGAGGGAAACCUGGGGACAGGAGGUGUGCACACCCACACGUGGUCUCACUCUUCACACAGGCCCACUAUUUUUGAAGACCAGUUUCUGGCGUCUGACUGGACAAACCUGGAUCCUAGUCCAGACUCUCACCCUCUCUAUUCUUAUGCCAAUGGACAUACCUAUACUUUGAACCUCUAUACUUUUAAGAAAAGUCCAAUGUUACAAAAUCAAAUGCUUAUAUUCAGCCUGGCACACUUUUUAAAUAAAAACUCCAUACACCUCAGACAUAGCACACAUGGAGACAACUUACUAUUGUAAGUAUGAUACAAUGAAUGAGACUGCCUGAAGUCUAGUAAUCAAAGCAUGCCAUAAGGUGAAUGAUUGUGGUGAAACACAGCAAAGUAACUGUCACAAAACUUUCAAGGCCUAACAAACUAGAAUUUUCCAAUAAAAUAUAUAUAUAUUUUUCAGAUGUUAAUAAGACAUAUCAGUAGAGACAAAAUUAGAAUUUUGAAGUAAUGCAAUAAAAAGAGGAGGGCAGAAGUCUAUUUAGUUUUUGCAUACACUUGCAAAAGUGCAAUACUCAGUAUAAAGCAAAAUGGGGAGGAAAAAGACAUUCAUCCAUUUUAUUGGAACAGUUCUAUGUGACUUGCAUCUGGUGUUGGGUUGUU